AGGAUGCAGCUGUUAUUAUUCUUUUGUGAGAUACAGGGCUGAAGUCGGCUGCGGCAGCCGACUUCAGCCCCGAUCCUGAUAUGGGAGGAACCGGACAGAGGAUCGCGAUGGCGAUCCUCUCCGGCUCCUCCGGGGACAUUUGGGGCAAGGCACCGCGGGCAUCGCGCGGCAUCCCCCCUCCGGUCACACCGCGGCCAAUCGCGGCCGCGGAUCGCGCUUGACCGCCGCGAUUUUUUGCGGCGAAGAGCCGUCACGAGGGGGUUGAUAAAAACCCCCAUUUUCUCCUCAAUCGGUCACCUCCGAGCCCCCUCUUCUUCCUCUCCUCCCUCUCCUCUUCCGAAUCAAAUACCAUCUCCUUCUCCCUCUCUCCCCUCCCGUACUCUCUCUCCCAAUCCAAAUCCGAGCCAACCUCGCUUUUCCUGCAACGAGACGACGACUCCUGCCAGAAAUCUCCAUCCAAAACCAAAUCUGUAAGAGAUUAUAUUUCUCGAAGAAGGGAGGAAGAGAGAGAGAGAGCAAUAAGAGAGAGCCGAGAGAGGGAGGUGGUGAUCGUAGAAAGCUUCUCCGUCCCCCGGGCGAUCAAACGUCGGGAGCCGUAAAUGUCUACAGGUUUGCUGGAGCCACGCGCUGCAACGUUGGCAUCUCCGAUCGUUCCACGACUGGCUCCCGCGGCGGCCUCCUCCUUCCUGACGUCUCUCUCCUUCCCCUCGCCGGAAUCCGACAGGCCACCAUAAACAGAAAGAGGGAGGAAACUUUACAAACCACUGGUUAUCAUAAGAGAGCGGAUAAUAGGAACAAGGAAGAGGACAAGAAGAAAAGCCAGUCUUGUUUUUGGACGAUGGCUUCUUCAGAGAUCAGGAGCAUUCCUUCAAAGGUGGAAGAAGCUGCCAACGACUCUAAAAACACUGAAGAUAAGGUGAUCUCUCCCAUAACUGAAGAUGGCUCUGUAGAUCGAAGUGGGAACCCUGCAGUGAAAGCAAGAACAGGAAGGUGGAAAUCAGCAGUUCUUUUGCUAGUGAACUACGGGCUUGCAACACUAGCAUUCUUUGGAGUUGGUGUGAAUCUGGUUCUGUUCUUAACGAGGGUACUGGAGCAAGAGAAUGCCGAUGCAGCAAAUAAUGUCAGCAAAUGGACAGGCACCGUUUAUAUAUUUUCACUCAUAGGGGCAUUCCUAAGCGAUUCUUAUUGGGGGCGGUACCUAACCUGUGCAAUAUUUCAGUUGAUCUACGUGGUGGGUUUAAUGCUUUUAUCAUCUGCAUCAUGGUUCUUGUUGGUGAAGCCAUCCGGAUGUGGAGAUGGAGAACUAGAAUGCAAUCCCCCAACAACGACGGGAACUGCCAUUUUUUACUUAUCGAUCUACUUGAUCGCCUUUGGAUAUGGUGGGUACCAACCCAGCAUCGCUACUUUUGGAUCAGACCAAUUUGAUGUAAUGGAUCCUUAUGAAAGGAACUCCAAAAUAGCUUUCUUUAGCUACUUUUAUCUGGCUCUCAAUGUUGGCUCUCUCUUCUCCAACACUGUCUUGGUGUACUAUGAGGAUUUGGGUAAGUGGGCGAUCGGGUUCUGGACUUCAUCUGGUUCAGCUGUGCUAGCCCUUUUGCUCUUCCUGCUAGGUACUCCAAGUUACAGGCACUUCAAGCCAUCUGGCAAUCCAUUGACACGGAUAGCUCAGGUCAUUUUUGCUGCUUUUAGCAAAUGGGAGGUUGAGGUCCCUAGCAAUGAAAUAAUGCUCUAUGAAGUGGAGGGAAAGGAGUCUGCCGUUGCUGGGAGUAGGAAGAUCCUCCAUAGCAAUGAGUUUAGGUUUUUGGACAAGGCUGCAACCCUCACGGCUGACGACUAUUGUAUGCGAGCAAAGAUGAAUAAUCCAUGGAAGCUGUGCACAGUGACUCAGGUGGAAGAGGUGAAGUGUGUGCUAAAAGUGCUCCCCAUAUGGCUUUGCACCAUCAUUUACUCUGUGGUCUUCACCCAAAUGGCCUCUCUAUUUGUUGAGCAAGGAGCUUCCAUGAACACCAAAAUUGGAACCUUCCACAUCCCACCUGCAAGCAUGUCUGUGUUUGAUAUCCUGAGUGUUCUUGUCUUCAUUGUUAUAUAUCGCCGGGUCCUUACACCAGUUCUGUCCAGACUCUCCAACAACCCCAAGGGGCUUACCGAGCUCCAACGUAUGGGGUUGGGCCUGGUGAUUGGGAUGCUGGCCAUGGUUGCUGCAGGAUUAGUGGAAGUCGAGAGGCUUAAAGGAGUCAGUGUGCCCGACGAGCCAAGCUCGCUCAGCAUCUUCUGCCAAAUCCCUCAGUAUGCAUUAAUUGGAGCAUCGGAGGUCUUCAUGUAUGUUGGGCAGCUGGAAUUUUUCAAUGGGCAGGCCCCGGAUGGCAUCAAGAGUUUUGGGAGCUCCCUCAGCAUGGCUUCCAUUUCGCUUGGAAAUUAUGUCAGCAUCAUGAUCGUUAACUUGGUUACAACUGUGACUUCUGGGGACAAGAAUCCUGGUUGGAUCCCAGGAAACCUCAAUCACGGGCAUCUUGACAGGUUCUACUUCCUGCUUGUCAUUCUGACGGCGGUAGAUUUCAUUUUGUACGUGGUGUGCGCUAAGUGGUACAAGUGCAUCAAGCUGGAGAGCAAUGACGAUGGAGAGGAGAUGAUUGCGAAGGUCUAGAGAAAACUUGAAUAAGGAUCCCUUUUAAGCACCAGAAAGCUUAGAAGGAUCCCUUUUAAGCCUAUUUGGAUAUUGGGCUGUUUCUUUUAAUCAAUGCUUAGUUCAGUUGGUGGCUUUAGGUGUUUUGAGUUUCUUUCAGAACAAUUAAGAGCAAUAAGCUCAUUGAUGCUCUUUCAGUCUACUUUUUAUGCUUGCUGUUACAUGAGAAACUUUCAAGUAGCUUGAAUAAAUUGGACGAUCUUCUUGCA